GUGAUUCAUGGCACUCACGCCGCAGCUUAGGUCUGGGCGAGGAGGAGCAGCAGCAUGGAGCGGCGCUUGGCGGACCCGGCAUUCUCUUGGAUACCUCUAGAUCCACCGCCGCGUAAUUCGCGAUCGCCUCCUCCUCUUCCCUCUUUCUCCUCUCCAUCGCCGCGGGAAGAUCAAGAUCAAAGAUUUCGCCGGCGGGAUGCGCGCCAUUUCGCGAGAUGAACGAGAGUAGCCCGGUCCCUGGCCUUGUGCUUGGAUCGGCGGAUUAUCGCGCUGCCGAUCGCGCAUCGGCAUUCGAUCUGGCUGAUCCGGGCUCGUUUCUUCCAGGUUCUUCCGGGUGCUAGGGUUUGUGUCCUAGGGUUAGUUGCUAGCAAGACGAGAUGACGGAUAAGAAACCAGAGGAUCAUCCGCAAGAAGCUCGCAACGAAUCAAAAUCUGGCAAGGAAGGGGAGGACGAGGAAGCCGAGUUUGUGGAGCGUGAUCCAACAGGGCGAUAUGGUCGGUAUAAUGAAAUUCUUGGGAAGGGAGCGUUUAAGACUGUAUACAGGGCUUUCGAUGAAGUUGACGGGAUUGAGGUGGCGUGGAACCAAGUUAAGGUGGAAGAUGUGCUGCAAAGCCCCGAGGAUUUGGAGCGUCUCUACUCCGAGGUUCAUCUUCUCAAAUCCUUGAAGCACAAGAACAUCAUCAAGCUCUACAACUCGUGGGUUGAUACCAAGACGAAGAAUGUCAACUUCAUCACGGAGAUUUUCACGUCUGGCACUUUGCGACAGUAUCGCAAGAAGCACAAGCAUGUCGACAUGAGAGCGGUCAAGAAUUGGGCAAAGCAAAUACUACGCGGCUUGCUCUAUCUUCACAGUCAUAAUCCUCCUAUUAUUCACAGGGAUUUAAAGUGCGACAAUAUCUUUGUGAAUGGGAACCAGGGGGAAGUGAAGAUUGGAGACCUUGGGCUUGCAGCUAUCUUGCGACAGGCGCAUGCAGCACACAGUGUCAUUGGAACACCUGAGUUUAUGGCUCCUGAGCUGUAUGAAGAAGAAUAUAAUGAGCUAGUGGACAUUUACUCGUUUGGAAUGUGCUUGUUGGAGAUGGUCACUUUCGAGUAUCCCUACAGCGAAUGUACGAAUGCAGCACAGAUAUAUAAGAAAGUGACCUCCGGGAAGAAGCCAGCUGCACUUGACAGAGUGAAGGAUCUGGAAGUCCGAGCUUUUAUUGAGAAAUGCCUGGCGACUGUCUCCAAAAGGCUCCCAGCAAGAGAGCUACUCAUGGACCCGUUUCUUCAGAGUGAAGACCGCGAACCGCUUGAGUUGGUACCACCGAUAUCCCGCUCAACAUCAAGAGCAGACGAUAUGGAAGGUCUCUCAACGAUCAAAGAGGAGCCGUCGUGCAGACCUGGGUCCGUUGAUUCGACCAGCAGGAGAACCGAAGCUUCUCCGACCAGGGACGGAAUCAUGGGUGACGCCGCCCGAACGAGCGAUGAAAAUAAAGAGGGUGACGACGCUCCUUUUGGAGCUUCUAGCCCUGAGCAAAGCCAGACGGAUUCAGAUCAAGGCGGCCUUGGAAGCUAUCAGAAGGGAGUUUCUUUCAGGGAAGAAGGAAAACGAAGCAGAGACUUCAGGGUGAAAGGGAAGAAGAAAGACGACGACACGAUAUUUUUGAGAGUUCGCAUUGCAGACUUGGAAGGUCACGUUCGAAACAUCCACUUUCCGUUUUCCAUUGAAGGGGACACAGCUAUGAGUGUCGCCAGUGAAAUGGUUGCCGAACUCGACCUCUCAGACCAGGAUGUCACAACCAUCGCUGAAAUGAUUGAUGCGGCAAUCGUGGCUUUGGUUCCCGACUGGCGACCCGGGGCUUCUUUUGAGGACAAUGGUGUGACAGAGGUGGAUGAUCAAGCACAAGCGAGAGAAGAAAGUCCGUCGGUAGCUCAAGUGUCUGUACCGGAGGAAGUUGAGUCACCUUCUGCAGUAGACGCGACCUCGGACGACGAAACACGAACCGAAAGUCCGACUGUUGAGGCUGGUCAAGCAAGUGUGAAAUCACGGUCUCCGAGAACAGGGCCCUUGUCGUAUUCUCCUCGACUGGAGGGCACUUCGUCCUCCAUGCACGGCAGAUUUGAAGAGGUCACAUAUCACCCGGAAGGAUCCGACCAGUAUGAUGCACCUCACAUCUUCUCAAGUGGUUCCUCGGAAAUUCGCGAGGAUGGCGAUGACUGGGAUCUCACAGGAGAAGUCAGCUCUCCGGUGGCAACCUGUCAGGGAACCUUUUGCUUGGACGUGAAAACCGAGCAGACGCCAACGAAUCUUCUCAAGAUUGUGGAGCAUCAAAACGUGGACUCGGACGGGGCUGGCUGCAACGAGGUGCUGGUUACCAUCAAGAGCAGCGGGUGUCCAGAGCAGCAGAUGGUGGUGGAGACCUCGGAGGAUGCAGUUAGCGGUCCAGAAGGUAGCUCCGACAUAGCAGUAGCAGCAGUAGCAGCAGCAACAACAACAACAGUAGCCGCGGUUACAACAAGUUCGGCCGAGCAAGAUGAGUCCAUUGCCCGGGAGUUAAAGCUGCUAGCGCUGCGACAAGAGCAGGAGCUGAGGGAGCUGCAAAGGAAGCACGAGUCGGCUCUUUUGGAGAUAAGGAAUAGGUGCCGGUGCAAGCGCAGUAGCAGCCUGAGCUCUCCUCAGUCCAGCCCGCACAACCAAAACAUGGACUCGUUGAGCCGGCUGCUGGACACGGACUUCGACUUGCAGCAACUGGUGGCUUCGCAGGCGGUGGACACUGCAGCUCAAGAAGCUCUUCCAUUCGACUGCGACGCUGGGGAGACGUCCACAGCCUACAGGAUCAGCACAGCCGGCACUUCGUCGUCACCAUCAACUUCUUUGAGCGCCGUGUGCAAGCCCGACGAAGGAUUUUGCUUCUUCGACCAGGAGAGAGCAGUGGAAGACCACCACAGGCCGCCGUCGAGUCCAUCGUCCGCUUCAUGCAGCAACGAUUGCUUCGCCGACUUGGUGGACAUAGCCAAGGCAACGUCGCUAGCUCCGGAGCUGGAACGGACGCUCAAGCCGGCGGGGACGUGGCCCGAGUGUAGCUUCCUCAGCCAACAAGACGCGACGGGCAGGAAGGAGAAUGGGCUUUGCGAGCCGGGCGCGCUGAGAUACGAGACGCUGUUCGACGGCUCGGAGAGAUUCGUGGACGCGACGUGCUCGGAGAGGCCGAGCUCCGAGAUGGUGGGAGAGUUUAGUGGUAGAGAAGCUGUAGAGCCGGGGAAGCAGCAACAGGGAUCGCUGGAGCAGCGGCAGGCUCUGAGGAUUGGUGGUGGGAUUUGCGAGAGAGACAAGGCCUCGAGCAGGGGAGUGGAGCGAUCGGCGACGACGAGCAGCGUCCUGGUGCAUCACAAGCAGGCUUGCUCGGAGGGCGAGAUUGGAUUGACUACGCUGGAGCAGCAGCGCAAGGAGCAGCUCCUCCAGAAGUCGAUCGCGGAGCUCGAGGCCAAGACGCUCGAAGGCUUGCAUCACUCGAGGAAUGGCUACCUUGUGAGCAGCAAGAAGGCGGCGAGUGUGGGGAUCAACCAGCAGCAGCAGCAACAACAACAGCAGCCGUAAUGAUCGAUCUUCUUCCUCGAUAGUUUUCUUUUUUUCCUCUCUUUCUCUCGUUUCGUUCGUUCUUUUUUCUCUUCAGUGAAGUAAUAUGUACAGGCCGUUUUCAGCUGAAAGUCUACGUGGCAUGUGCGUUGGCAAAAAAUGUCGCCACGUUUUUACCA